AGGCGAUGUACGCUACGUGAUUUACGGAGAUCCUGCAUAUGGGAUCAAUGAUGUAAUCGUUUGUGGAUUUAAAGGUGCGCGUCUAGACGAGUACCAAGCUGAGUUCAAUCGGCAAAUGAGCUCUGUGCGUGUAAGUGUAGAGUGGGGUUUUGGCGUUGUCCGCAAUUUGUGGACAUUCGUAGAUUACAAGAAUGGACAAAAGUUGUGGCUACAAGCUGUCGGUGUGCAAUAUGCCGUAGCUGUAAUUCUGACGAACAUCCAUACUUGUAUGAAGCGAGGCAACCAAAUUUCCAGCUACUUUGGAGUUAUGCCUCCAACUGCCGAGGAAUAUCUCCAUGUUAAAUCCACUUAGCGUAAGGCGUCAAAUACAUCGCGUUAUUCGGUU